AUGCAAUUUUAUUAAGACGAUGCCAUUUCAUAAGAGGAAAAUGUUAUGGAUAUGCCUGAUCAACUUUACUAAUCACAAUUAUACCCAUUCAAUCACAUUGUUACUCCUGAAGUUUAAAAUUAAUAUUCAGUACUUAUUGAUCCCCCUGAUCAAAAUUCUUAAAGAAAAAAAAGACUCAAAGAGUUUUCUAACUCUUUAAUCAAAGAUGAUCCAAAAUAUAUUGCUGAUAAUUUAUAUGCAAUUUAAAUUGUCCAAGAACUAACUAAUGCAGGACUCUGCAAAAUUUCUAAUUUUGUCAAUGGACAUUACUAGACUUAAUUAGAAUAAAUUAUCAAAUAUGAUAAACAUCUUCAAGAAUCAAGACAAGAUUAAUCUCUUUAAAAAUAAAUAUUUUUUAUUAAUGUUAACCCUGUUCAAAUAUGUUUUAAAGAGGGACAUAUAGUUUUUAAAUAAGGUAUUUUCAUCAUUUAUUUUGUUAGCUCAUCCUACUUUAGAAAUCAAUUAAAACUUAAAAAAAAAAUAUCAAUAUUUAUUAGAAGUAGUGAAUUUGACUAUCAGACUUUUAGAUUCUUGUUUCAUUAAAGAUUUUUAAGGUAUUAUUAAUCAUUACAUUCAAUUAAAAGAGAAAAAAAAUACAAAUAAUAGAAUUAUAGAAUUUUUAUAAAAUGAAAUUGAAAAAAAUACUGAAUAAUAUUCUUAUGUUUCUAAGUGGUUGGAAAUUAAAUCUAAAAUUAAACCUGUUUUAGUGAUCUAUAAAUAAAUCAAAAUCUUAGAAAAAAAAGAUGAAUUAUGUGGUAGAAAAUCAUUAAAAGUGUUAUCCAAACACAUUAAAAAAAUUGAUAAAUUAUAAAAACGUUUGUACUAAGAAUAGAUUCUUUCUCCUUUAGAGUUUUUAUUGUCAAAUCUUUUUGAGAUUUUUGAUUCAAUUCUGAAAUUUUAUGAUGAAAAUUAUGAAAAAGAUUCACUUCUUUAACCAUAAGAAACAAUUAAAAAGAAUGACAAAAUUAAAUAAGAAAAACCUCCUAUUAAUGAGGCAUCUGUAUAAGAAUGUGAAUAAGAAUAAUUUCAAUUUUAUUUUUAGAAAAAAUAAAUUAAAUAGCAAGAAAAUCACCGUGUUCGAUAAUUUGACAGUCAAUUAGAUGUACUUAGUGGAUAAUCUUAAUCCCCUAAAAAAAAGGUUAAAGAUUAAAUAUCAGAAUGA